GGCCCUGGAAGAAUGCAGGCAUUUUGGCCUGUUUGGUUUGGUGGCCUGACAAAAACCUGGUUCCCAGAAGCAAUGCUGGUAAGGGCCUUUGUCUUGUUGGCCAUCUGUACAGAAGCCCUGGCGAGAUCCUGCACGCCAAACAAAGCAGAUGUCAUUCUUGUGUUUUGUUAUCCCAAAACCAUCAUCACCAAAAUCCCCGAGUGCCCCUAUGGAUGGGAAGUGCAUCAGCUGGCCCUCGGGGGGCUGUGUUACAACGGAGUCCAUGAAGGUGGCUACUACCAAUUUGUCAUCCCAGAUUUAUCACCUAAGAACAAGUCAUAUUGUGGAACUCAGUCUGAGUACAAACCCCCCAUCUACCACUUCUACAGUCACAUCGUAUCCAAUGACAGCACGGUGAUUGUAAAGAACCAGCCGGUGAACUACUCCUUCUCCUGCACAUACCACUCCACCUACCUGGUGAACCAGGCUGCCUUUGACCAGAGAGUGGCUACUGUUCAUGUGAAGAACGGGAGCCUGGGCACAUUUGAAAGUCAAUUGUCUCUCAACUUCUACACUAAUGCCAAGUUCUCCACCAAGAAAGAAGCUCCCUUUGUCCUGGAGACAUCUGAAAUUGGUUCGGAUCUCUUUGCAGGAGUAGAAGCCAAAGGGUUGAGUGUUAGAUUUAAGGUGGUCUUGAACAGCUGCUGGGCCACACCCUCUGCUGACUUCAUGUACCCCUUGCAGUGGCAGCUGAUCAACAAGGGCUGUCCCACAGACGAAACAGUCUUGGUACAUGAGAAUGGGAAGGAUCACAGGGCAACCUUCCAAUUCAAUGCUUUCCGGUUCCAGAAUAUCCCCAAGCUCUCGAAGGUUUGGUUGCAUUGUGAGACAUUCAUCUGCGACAGUGAGAAGCUCUCCUGCCCAGUGACCUGUGACAAACGGAAGCGCAUGCUUCGGGACCAGACAGGGGGCGUCCUGGUGGUGGAGCUGUCCCUGCGGAGCAGGGGAUUUUCGAGUCUCUGUAGCCUCUCAGGUGUUUUCUAUCAUCUCAUCGUGAUGCUGGGGGUGUGUGUCCUGCUGUAAGAGUUAGCCGGCAGCUGCCUUUCCUUCCCC